CCGAAGAUGUCGGCUCGGUUAUGUGAUCAGCUGUGUCCAAUCACAGCUGAUCACAUGGGACAUGUACACUGAUCAUCAGAGCACUGAUGAUCAGUGUACCCUGAUGAUCUGUGUAGCCCCAGCAGCGCCACCUGUCAGUGUCCAUCAAUGCCACCUCUCAGUGCUCAUCCAUGACACCUGCCAGUGCCCAUCAGUGCCACAUUUCAGUGCCCAUCAAUGCCACAUCAAUGCCACAUAUCAGUGGCCAUCUGAGCUGCCUUUCAGUGUGCCAGUCAGUGCCACCUAUCAAUGCCAGUCAGUGCCACCUAUCAGUGCUGCCAAUCAGUGCCUCCUAUCAGUGCCAGUCAGUGCCGCUUAUCAGUGUGCAUCAGUGCCGCCUAUCAGAGUGCAUCAGUGCUGCCUAUCAGUGCCGCCUAUCAGU